CUUACGAGUCUAUCCCAGACUUGUUGCCGACCACCCGGGCCACAUCUACCAGCUGAACGACCGACCCAUCAUUGCCAUCUUCCCCACUCCGGCUUCCCCGUCUGUUCGCUUCCCUGUUGCUGUCUCCAUCGCUCGGUCUCUUUAUUUAUCCAUUGUCUCGCGCUUUCUCUGGUGUCCAAUGACCUAUCCUUCUAUACUUAUCCGUCGAAGUGGAACGUUGUGACUGACGGGAUGACGGAUCGUGAGGCUGCGACCGAGUUGGCCUCGGAUCCCGGAUGCACCAGCACAACCAUGGACCUCGACCCUCUAGACACCGACCGUCAGCUCGAACAGACCUUGCAGUCCAUUUGCGCUGACCAUGCGGCCCGCGAAUCCCGGACUCGCAAGCACGCGCGCAAUGUCAGCGAAUCCAGCCUCGAGUCCGGCUACAGCACCGAUGAGUCGGGUCGUUUCGAUGAUGCAGAGGAGCUGGACCAGCCUCCUGCCCGGAGCAGAUCGCCAUCCGCUCACUCGGCCAAACGACGGCGCUCAAAUGAUUGGCCGCUGCAGCAGCGAGAUGAUGCUCAGGCUACCGAUAGUGAAGCCCCAGCGCCGAAGGAGAAUCCAAGCGGCGGCAAUACGACUGCGACUACUACGACUACCACCACUACGGGAUAUCGCAGACCAUUUCACUCUGCGAACAGCAGGAGCAAUGGCUCCCCACGGACAUCGAGGCAUAUGCGUCAGGCUGGUCCGUCCGCUCGUGGGCGACGUUCGCGGUUUGUAGAGGGAAGCAUGAACGACAGCGUGAGCGAGAAACCGCCGAGCAUCUUCAUGCGCGAUGACGUACGCAACAACAGCAACGGCCAGCGGCCCUCGGGAAUCUUCCGCUUUGGAAAGGCAAUUGCAUCAGCGUUCAACCCAUUCGGCGCCUGGGGAUCAAAGGCCGGACCGGCCGACGGAGGUGCCAAACAGCCGGGUGACCCUUUGAGUCAGGCGGAGAGGGCAUAUGCGGAGCUGAAGAAGUCUGGCUACAAGGGGACCGUCAAGGGAAGCUACUUACAAAAUCUGAAUGCAGAGUCCAACACGCCCCAGCGGUCGUGGAACCCGAUUCCCGAGCAGUUGGAAUAUAGGCCCGUUGGAGUUCAUUCGCGCCAGAAUUCGGGCGAGCUCACAGAAUCAGGCAACUCCCUUCGGUCAUCGAUCCAAGAAUUACGAAAAGCUAAAUCGUCCUUGGGCAUACCCUUGGUGAGACGACAAGAUUCAAACAAAUUCCCGGAAGAGCUGGAGGGAUCCGCAGUGCGACGGCAAAAGUCGCGCAAGGAACUUCAACGGCAAGCCAAGCUGAUGAAGCGAGUCAGUGAUCUAGAGAUCAAGCUGGAGCGGGCCCGACGAGAAUUGCGCGAACUGGUGGGUGAGGAGCAGGAGGUGCUGGCACCAAUGCCCUUACCAGAGAUUCCCUACCCUCGGAAAUUUGUCCCCGGGGCGCUUCCCUCGCUUCCUUCAGAGCGGCUGCUGUAUCAAGCCGCAGCAACAGUCUCGCCUACGUCCCCAAGGAAUGCGUCAGCCCCCGUGUCAUCCUUGACAAACCCGCCCAGCAGCGGUCCGCACGAACUCGCCGGGACACCACAUCUCACUCCGAGGACCCCUAAGGAGCGUCAAGGACGAAGCUCCCUAAGCGCAGACAGUCCAUCCCUGAAACGAAAAUCCCCAGACCCAGAGUCUCUAAAGACAUCUCAACAGAAAGACUCAAAGCACUCCACAACACCAGGCACCGACAAGCCCUCGGAAUCCGAGGAAGCCACAACCCCUCGCCGCACCAAGCUCCCCAAAAUGCUCACCAGCGACAGCCCCGGCUCCGUCGAGCGCAAGCAAUCCAAAGACAUAUCAGCCACCGUCUACUCCUCCGGCGAAGAGCGCGGUCGACGUCGUUCCCAACCCCUCCGAUCCGCAAGCACCCGCUCUCCCUCGGCGCGCCGACGAGCCUCCAACUCGCGCAACCGGGUCCAGCCCAGCCUCCGCAUGAAAAAGGCCCGCUCUGACCUCCGUUCCGCAAGUGCUAGCGAACCACCCCAAGACGACAAAGAGAAUCAUGACUACCACCACCAAAGUGACUCGAUCCCUACCCCUCAGGACGAUACCUCCCAGGGAGUGAUCGAACCAGAAAUGAAGAACGAGAUCGUCGAGAGCUGCCCCCACUCUUCUUCUUCUUCCUCUCCUUCUGCAUCCCCGAGUAAAAAGAAGCAAGCCCGUUAUGAAUAUAUCCCUCCGGUGCCGCCCCUCCCGAAAGAUCUCUCUGCUACGGCCGCUAAGGUCGAUAGACGCAUCGCCAAGGAGAUGGGGAAGAAGCGCGAGGCGCGGGAUAAGGCUCGGGCGUUGGCGGGAGGGAUGAUGACGGAGGAGGGAGAAAAUAGGGGGAGUUUUCAGUGGCCGGAGGAUUUUUUCUGA